CCACUAUUACGUCACGGCAAAUGGUCUAUAUAACUCCCUGUCGUGCCUAUCUCCUCUACUUUCUGCUUUGAAUUAAGGGUACGUUGAAGUGCCUUGGUAAAGUCACACAAGUGUCAACAUGCCUCCAUUACAUAAAAGCCAGCACUCUAAACCUUUUAAACAAAGGAAAAGCCUAGCUACCAGAAUGGAAGAGGUUGCCGGGAUUAGGACUAAAUUUCCAACUAAAAUUCCGGUAAUCGUAGAACGGUAUCAAAGAGAGAAAUACCUCCCUCCUUUGGACAAGACGAAAUUUCUGGUACCACAAGAGCUUUCAAUGACUCAGUUUAUCACUAUAAUUAGAAACCGAAUGUGUCUGCUGCCAAGCCAAGCGUUUUACCUACUGGUUAACAAUAACAGUCUGGCCAGCAUGUCACUAACCUUGGCAGAAGUAUACAAGGAUCACAGAGAUGAAGAUGGCUUUCUGUAUAUGACUUAUGCAUCCCAGGAAAUGUUUGGAUCUUCUGCUCACGUUAACCAUUGGAAGUCUUUAAAAAACCCUUUAGCAGGACAGUGAAUUUUUUCCUUCCCCUCUACCUCAGACUUUUUAAGAUUUGUUUCCCAUUUUGUUGUAAUAUUGGAUGCCCGUGCAUUGGCAGGUCCAAGUAUUGGCGCAUAACUGAAUAACAAACUUGUUUGUGUGUUUAGAUAUAUUAUGUGUUUAUAAGACUGAUGCCAUUUUUAUUGGUGCUUGUUUUGUACAUGA